UUAUUAUUAUUUCUCCUCGAGUCUCAUCAAUUCGCUUGUCUUCUACUCUCCUACACUCCUUCCAUAGAGAGAGAAACAAAGAAAAAAAAAGGAUCCGAUCUCAAUUCAUGUCGAUUCAAUAACACUACCUACUUAGGUUUUUUAAUGGUGAAUCAAAAAUCCCUAAAUUAGUCUUUCUUCACAACACAAACUCUUUCUGUCUCUUCUUCUGUAUAUAUUCGGAACCAUAGAAAAGAAAUAGAUAUAUAGAUGGAUUAAUUGAAUGAUUGAUUGAAGAGAGAAGAAAUAGACUGAGGUGGAGGAAGAAAAACAAUGUAUGAAUGGCUCAGUACAGACAAACAUGCUCAUCAGCAGCAUCAGAACCUCAUGUCUCACUUGGUAUUAGGUUUCCACACAAGCAGAAUGUACGAAGUCAUAGAAGAUCAGGUCGUGGUGGUUCUGAUAAGAACAAUAACAGUCGCAAGAUCUCAUUAACUUUGCUCGCCCUCAUUCUCUCUGUUGUUCUAUUUGUUACUGUUUUUGCUGUCUAUUAUAUAUCCACCAAAGAUAAUAAUCAUAAAGAACCUAAUAGGUUCGAUGAUCAGGAUGAUGAUUUGAGGAAUGACUCGGACUUCCUCACAAAUGUAACUCGAAUUAAGAAUAAAGUGCUCAGAUUUGGUCAUGGUUCUGUAUCUCAUGGCCGAGAUUCGAGGGAUUGGGACCGGGAUGACAGGAGAAGGGAUGAUGAAUACAAUGAGAAUGUAUCAGAUCUUGCUAACAUGGACGACGUUGAUAGUGUCUCUGCCGACAAGGAUCGUGUGAAGGAAAGGAUUAGAAUCAAGCAGCAGCACCUAAAACAGGACCAUAAAACCGUAGGUUUGUAUAAUGAAGCUGGCCGUGAUGAAUUGAAGCACUAUGAAGCAGAGUAUGAAGCCUCCCUAAAAAAUGUUGGGCAAGUAAACAACAAUGAACAUAAUGUAGUAUCAGAUGGUGAAAAUUUGGGGUUGGAAAAUGAAGGAGCUGAUUUCGAUGAUGAAUACGAUGAUGGUAUUGAUUCUAAUGAUGGGCGUCUGACAGAAAAUGAUGUCCAGGCCAAUGCAGCAGAAGGCGAUGAUGAUGAGAAUGAAGAGUCCUCUGAUACAAAAGACCCCAACUCAUAUAGGGAAUCUGAGGAGGACACUUCCCACAAUGAUGAUACUGUAAAGAUAGAUUCCAGGCGUGUGAGUGGCAAGGCAGCAAGGCGUUCUACUUCAGAGAAAAGAACAAAUUCUAGGAAAACAAAACCAAAGCGCCAUAAAUUUUCUGGCUCAUGUGAGAUGAAGUUCUUGAACUCUACUGCGCAGCUAGUAGAGCCUUUAGAAAGUCGAAAAUUUUCAAGAUUUGCAUUACAGUACACAGACAUAGAGGAGAGACCCAGUGGUCUAGAGCAGUGGGAGCCCAGAUUUUCGGGCCACCAGAGUCUCAAAGAAAGGGAAGAGUCAUUUUAUGCACGUGAUCAGAAAAUCAACUGUGGUUUUAUUAAAGGUCCUGUAGGAUCUGCAAGCACAGGAUUUGACUUGGCUGAAGAUGAUGUGAGAUAUAUGAGUAGUUGCCACAUAGCGGUUUCCUCGUGCAUAUUCGGAAACUCAGACAACAUAAGAACGCCUUAUACUAAAACGGUCACACGUUUAUCAAGGAAAAAUGUCUGCUUUGUUAUGUUUAUGGAUGAAAGUACAUUGCGAACAUUGUCUUCAGAAGGCCAGCAACCAGAUAGAGCUGGUUUUAUCGGCUUAUGGAAGGUUGUGGUUGUAAAAAAUUUACCUUACACUGACAUGCGGAGAGUAGGAAAGAUUCCGAAAUUCUUGACACAUCGACUUUUUCCUUCUGCAAGGUAUUCAAUCUGGUUAGAUAGCAAAUUACGUCUCCAAAGUGAUCCUCUUCUCAUCUUGGAGUACUUUUUAUGGCGAAAAGGUCAUGAGUAUGCUAUUUCCAACCAUUAUGAUCGUCAUUGUGUAUGGGAAGAAGUGGCACAGAACAAGAAGCUGAACAAGUUCAAACAUACCAUUAUUGAUCAACAGUUUGCCUUCUAUCAGAAUGAUGGGUUGAUGAGAUUCAAUUUUUCGGAUCCCAGGAAACUUCUUCCUAGCAAUGUUCCAGAAGGGUCUUUUAUAGUAAGAGCCCACACGCCUAUGUCCAACUUAUUUUCCUGUCUUUGGUUCAAUGAAGUGGAUCGCUUUACUCCGCGUGAUCAACUGAGCUUUGCUUAUACAUAUCACAAGCUGAGAAAGAUGAAUCCUGGGAAGCCUUUUCAUCUUAAUAUGUUCAAGGAUUGUGAGAGACGAGCUAUAGCCAAAUUGUUCCGUCACAGGCCUGAGGAUAAGCGUAACCUGCCCUUGCAAGCAACAGAGUGAACGACCAAUAAAUCUGAACUGGACAGCUGUUCUCGUUAUUUUCGCCAUGUUUCAUUCUUUGCUGCAUUGAUACCUCGUCCAGACUCCUUAAAAAUGGUGACACCGUAAUCAUCGUGAUUUACAGAGCCGUCGUAUGGACUAGGCCAGCUAGGCUGUUGCUAGAGCCUCAAAUUGUUGGGGCCCAAAUUUUUUAAUUUUUCAUAGUUUUUUUUUUUUUUUUAAUAAUUUUUUGAUAGUUGUUUUACCAUAUAGGAGUGCUCUGACAUAGUGUCAACCAUUGUUCUUGUUGAUACUCUUUUAGCUGUUAUUGAAAGCUGUUUGUUUUGUAACCAAUUUUUAUUUUAUAAGAAAUUAAAUUUUAUUAAGAA